GUUUUGAUCUAACCAAACUAACCUAAAAAUUUUUGUGUCAUUCCUGUUGAAUAAAUAUUUAUAAUUUUUAGUUAUUGUUUUCGAAUAUAAAUAUGGAUACGUCCCUCAGAGGAAAAUUGGAUCAAGCAUGCAGGGUUGCUGAGGAAUUCACGAAACUCUAUUAUGAAGCUGUAGAUAAAAGAAGGCAUAUGAUUUCACGAUUAUAUCUGGAUGAAGGACUUUUGGCUUGGAAUGGGAGUGGAGUGAGUGGAAACGAAAAGAUUCAGAAGUUCCAUUUGGAUUUGCCUGCCAGUGAUCACACAUUGAGUACAUUAGAUGCUCAACCGAUAUUAGAUGAAGCCGUGAAUAACCAACUAACAUUUUUGAUCCAGGUUAGUGGGACUGUGAGGUAUCAUGAUAAGAUACCUAAAACAUUUCAACAAUGUUUUGUUGUAACAGCAGAUGGAGGUAAAUGGAAAAUCGUCAGCGACUGUUUCAGACUGCAAGAACCAUUAUCUGACAAACACUGAUUAUAAAAUUAAGGAUUCAUAACUGGAAAUUUUAAUUUGAUUUUUCAUCACUGGAGGUGAAAAGUCAUUUUUUACGUUUCGUGGAACUGAAAUUUGUUGACAAUUUCCACACUAGUCAAUAAGAAUUGUGAGUUUUGUAACGGAAUUUUUCACCUUUUUAUCAUGGGAUAAAUAGAAAAUGUAAUAAAUUUC